CGAUCGAGGGGCAGAAUUAAUGACACCUCUAAACUGGAAUGGCAUUCGCUCAAAGUUUUCUUUUACAAUUUCUUAUGGAAGAGAUACAUUGGACAUAACGUUGCAGAUUCGGGAUGGUAUGCAUAAGUGUUAACAAAGGUACCAUAUCCCACGUCAGGCACAUCGGCCCAUGGAUAUCCUUUAACAGGAAAUAUGGAUUACCUUAUUUGAGAGAAGUUUAUGGAAUCCAGAUGAAGGCUGCAGCCUCGACAAGGAUCCGUGCAAAUGGAAAACUCGAAAUAAAUAAAAUUCACAAAGAUGAAAUUAAGUUACAUCAGCAAAAAAUCGAAAUGUUGAGGAAAAGUUUCACUUUGGAACCGAACACUAUCCCGAUCAACAUAACAGAUUUCCAACUUAUCCAAUUUCUGAACAGCGUUAAUUAUGACGUAAAUGAAGCCAAAGAAGUCCUCAAGUUGAGCUACAGGCACAAAAAAGAAAAUAAUGUGCUAUUCACUGGGAGGAAUCCACUGGAUACCGACCUUCAAGAGGCCUGGAGUAUACUGAACAUCUUCAGCCUGCCCCAGACGACGGCGCAGAACGAGAAGAUCGUCUACUGCGGCCUUCUAAAUCCGGACCCGGCCGUCUUCAAGCACCUUCCGGCGAUGAAGCUCUUCACGAUGGCCGUGGAGGCCUCCCUGAUCACCGAAGGACUGUUUCCGGGUUACAUCGUCAUCUUGGACGCUUCCAACAUAUCCAUCCGCCAUGUUCCUCUAUCGACCAUACCUUCCAUCAAGAAGUUCCUCUACUUCGUACAGGAAGGUAUUCCACUCAAAAUAACAACGGUCCACGUGAUCAAUGUCUCCCCGAUAGUAACAAGAAUAUACGGUAUCAUCAAACCCUUCCUCAAGCAAGAGCUCAUCCAAAUACUCCAAUUCCACACAGACGGAUUGGGCAGUUUCCACAAGCUGGUGCCUAAGGAAUUGCUGCCGAGAGAACUGGGCGGGACUCUUCAACCAAUGGAGCAUUAUCAAAAUGAAUUCAAAGCGAAAGUGGAAAGCAUCGGAGAAUGGUAUCGGAUAGAGGAAGGGCAGAGAAGAGCAGAAGCAGUGUCAGCUUAACUAUAAUUAAACCAUUAACUUUAA